GGGAAUUCCAUGUACUGGAUGUGGAAUAAAAAGGGAAACUCUCGGUUCUGUCUCACAUGCAGUAUUCACGAUUCCACCUCCAUCUCUAGAGGCCUGGGGAUGCUGUAUGAUGUAACUCCCAUUCAGAUCUAUUCGGCAGCCAUCCAGGGCUCCACCUUUUAUUUAGAUGAGGUCAUGCUGUCCCUAUUUUUUUUUUUUUUUUUUUCAUGGGUACUACACAGCCCAGUCUGUACGGUAUCAGCGGCAGGGUCACUUUGGCUUUUCCUGAGCUUGCAGCCCUUGGAUUUCACGGCACCUUCCCCUCUCCUCCCUGCACAUCCCAAUCCAUGAGCCUUUCCCUCUCCUCCUGAUCAUGCUGGAAGCAGCAUCAGCAACGCAGGCUCUGUGAUCUGUCAGUAUUCCCAGGAGCGGGGAUGAACACAGGAUACAAAUCCCAGGGAAGCCUGUCUGAUUUCAUGCAAUCCUUGGCUUAUACAUUGAACAGUCUCUCUGCAAUCUGUCCACUGAUGUCAGGCAGGCUGAGGAGAUAACCAGCUCUCUGUGUGUGUGUGCCACAACUGGUGCUGAUGGAGGAAAUGCAGAAAGAAGCAGCAUGUUUCUGAAUGCUGAGUUCACCUUAAGCACUGGAAAGGUCAUUGGCGUACAGAUGGCUCUGGCAUUGCAGCAGAUACUAUAGUACCCUGUUUUACUGGACUAGUUAUGUUCCUCUGGGUCAUGGAUUGCAGAACAUAGAACCUGGGGUUCACACCUGACUUGGCAGGCACAGUCGCUUACACCCAUGGACUGCAGCAUGAGAAACAAUCCUGUUCUGUGCAAAACUUUGGCCAGAAAGAGCCUGAAAGUGGUUUGUUUGGAGGAUCUAGAAUGAAAGCAUCCCUGUCUUCAGUAACCCAUUGCAGUAUUAACCAGAAGCAAUUUAGACGCCUGGGAUAAGUAUAAGGAGCAGACCAGACUCACAAUGGCCAAUGAACCAGUAAUACUAAAUGUUUAUGAUAUGUAUUGGAUAAAUGAAUACACUUCAACAUUGGGCAUAGGAGUAUUUCAUUCUGGGAUAGAAAUUUAUGGCAGAGAGUUUGCCUACGGGGGACACCCCUAUCCAUUUAGUGGGAUUUUUGAAAUCACACCAGGCAGCGCCGUGGAACUCGGGGAGACAUUUAAAUUCAAGGAAGCCAUUGCCCUGGGCACAACCGACUUCACAGAGGAGGACAUUGAUAACAUCAUGGAGGAGCUGGGGAAGGAAUACAAAGGCAAUGCUUACCACUUAAUGCACAAAAAUUGCAAUCAUUUCUCUGCAGCUCUAGCUGAGAUGUUGUGUGGGAGGGAGAUCCCACGUUGGGUCAAUCGUUUAGCUUACUUCAGCUCCUGCAUUCCAUUUCUUCAGAGCUGCCUUCCUAAAGAAUGGUUGACACCAGCAGCCCUACAAAGUCACAUCACUCUCGGCCUCCACAGAGAAGACCAGGGUGAGACCACAGAUGAGGACUCUCCAUCCACAUCUGGUGUCGCUGCUACAGCAACUGCCUCACCUGGGUCUUCGCGAACCUGCAGACACACCAGAGUAUAAACGACAUUGUGUUCUUCAGAACUAUUGCUAGACUAGACUGGAUGGUACUCUAAGAGCCAACUUCAUCUUGUUAAAUCAGAAGAUCGGGAGGGGGGGGGGGGGAUUAUCCAGUUUUCCGUGUUUUCUCUUCCUCACUCUGUGUGAUUCUUUGUGUUUGCAAAGGAUCAUGGUUAUGCAAAAAAAGCAACAAUUUUUUUCAAUGGUUAAUUCCCAAGGAAUUCACAAGUUUGCAUUAUUUACAAGUGUGCUUAUGGUAUGGUUUGUGUCAUGUCUAGCUUAAGUGCACCUUAAAUCUGUACACAGUAGAGGAACUCAUUUGGUUGGCUGAACCAUUAUUCAUGAUGAUGCAGCAGCCAAUCGGUGUACUGUAUUAGGAACGAGAGACAGCACUGAAGCAAUUUGAUAGGCCACAUUCUCUAUUAAUAAAUUUGUUCAGCUUAAAAAAAAUAAAAAUGUCUGCCUCUACGGUGUGUAGAUGACAGGUUCACUUACCAUGUAUGUGUCAUUUGCUUCUCAUUCCUGUUUAUUUCUGAAACAGAUGCUUCAUUAUUGAAAUGAAAUACAAUAAGAUUUCAAAUGGUGCACAGAAAUGUCUUCAGCAUCACAGAGGCUUACCUCCCAACAUGACCCAUUCCAGGAGGGACAAAAUGCUUUGUUCCCGGGCUUCCCUCUUAAUGUAUGAUUGCUGUCACCUGUUUUGAACAGGUAAAUUAAUGUGAAAGGUGUUUCACCAAGCAGAGGCAUCACCAGGUGUGGUGACACCCGGUGCGCACCCCUGAUGUACUGCCGCAAUCGCGUCAAAAGGGGGCGUGGCCGUACAGCUAGGGGGCGUGGCUUCAUGGGGAUACUGGUAUCGUCACUCUGGGGGCGUGCCCAGCAUCUCCGGAGAUGCUGGGCUUCCCCCAGAGACGGUCUCAGUGCGCUGUCGGCUCCUCUGCUAUGACAGGAGCCGGGUGCUGUAGCGGAAUUUCACACUGCAGCACCUGGCUCCUGUCAUUGCGGAGGAGCUGACAUUUGGUGUCACACCCGGGUGCGGGCUGCACCCCCCGCACCCGCCUUGUGACGCCAUUGUCACCACGGGUGCCGGCAAUCAUACAUUAAGAGGGAAGCCCAGGAACAAAGCAUUUGUCCCUCCUGGAAUAGAUCAUGUUGGGAGGUAUACAGCGGUGACACAAGGGUGUGCAAACCGCACCUGGGUGUCACCCUUCCAAGGGGUGACCCCAAAGCUGGCUUCUCCACUGGGACCGGUUGCCGGGUGCUGCAAUAUGACAUUAUCCUGCAGCACCCGGUUCCUGUCACUAAGAAGGUUCCAGCGGUGCAGACACUCAGGGUCAGCCCCCUAAAUUAUAUAAAUGGGAGACUUUCCAUGAGGCCAUGUCCCCAGAGUGAUGUCAGGGGAGACUUCCUGUGAGGCCACACCUCUCUCCACAAGGUCACGCCCUCUUUCAGGUGAACACGCUUUUGCCGUGGGGGGGGGGGAUUAUUAGCCACACCAGGUGUCACCAACCCUGAUACCUCCAAUGUAGCAUCGGAUGAUAUCGGAUAACUUCCUUUUAUGGGGUAACGGGUCAUUCAUGUGCCACCAUUUUAUAUAGAUCGCAGCUACUCACUGUAGUUAUUAAAUAUGGCUGAACCUAUUGAACACUCAGCAAUUUCAUAAAGAAUAGGAAGAGAUGUGGCCCAUCAUGGUAUUAGGUAAAGCGGCAUUCAUAGCCUCUAACAUCCAUUCUUUUGCACUUAUAUCAAAAAUGUUAUUUAUUUCUGUAUGUCCUGUUGAUUUUUGUCAAUUUGUAAAAUAAUACAUAAAACAGUAAUAAUAAAAGAGUAGAAUGUGAAGAACUGUAA